AUGGUGUCUUCCAGCAAUGAUUAUUCUUCUAGCUCUUCUGAGGAGGAUUCCAGGACCUUUGCGACUAAAGUGCGCACCAAUAAGGAUCAUGCUAAGAAGGUGAUAAAUAGCAUGCCUCUCGACAAUAUGAAAUCUACUCGUGAUGAGCUCUUGGAGAGGAAAUCCAGGGAGGAGGCAAUUGCUGAGUGUCGAGAGAACAUACACAGAAUUCAGCGGAAGACACAAGAAGCCGAGGAGAGACUCCGAUCCUGUCUUUAUGGUGUAGCCUCAGACUCAUAUGCUGAAGAAGAGGUACCUGUAUGGGAGCUGAUAGAACUCAAAAGUAGGUCGUAUCCACCGCACAGAGAGAUUGAGCGACAUGUUAAGGUUGAUCUUCAAGCUGAACGUGACGAAGAAGACCACUGGAAUGCAAUAAAUGGUGAUCUCGUCGAGGAAGAAUUCUCUAGUCCGGACAGUGAUUCUGAGAAAGAGUAUGAUGAGGAUGAUGAUGAUGACGAAUCGGAUGACUCUGACGAUUAG